ACAACCCCCGUAUACCAUAUUGGCGACGAUUUCGAGUCUACGCGAAGUUUAACAGUGUCAUUUACAAGUACCUAAAUAUGGCCAUCGGUAAAUUAGAAGUGUUUAAUGUUGAGUCGGACAGCUGGUCGACUUACGUGGAACGGUUGGAACAAUAUUUCGUUGUCAACGAAACAAAGGAAGAACACAAAGUGCCGACGUUGAUAACGGUUAUGGGAAAUCAAGCCUACGAACUAUUAGUAACCCUGUGUACACCCGAUAAACCGGCAAGUAAAAAAUUCGCGGAUUUAGUGAAAGUGAUGAGCGGCCAUUUGCAACCGAAACCGAGUUUGUUAGCAGAGCGAUACCGGUUUCGUAACAGGAAACAAAAGACGGGUGAAUCGGUGGCGGAUUUUGUUGCAGAUCUCAAAAAGUUAGCAAAGCAUUGCGUCUUUGGGACCCAGCUGACAGAAAAUUUAAGGGAUCAGCUAGUGUGUGGGCUUUGUGAUGAAACAAUACGGCAGCGGUUGUUUACCGAAGAUAAUAUUGCGUUUGACCGGGCAUUACAAGUGGCGGUAGCGAUGGAGGCAGCGCAGACAAACGCAGCGGCAGUAGUGGAGGGUCGGGCAAAAGGCUUGGAAGGCAGCCCGAGUACGUCGAGUGGUUGUCAUGCGGUAUCAGCGCAAUCAUGGCGCGGCAGGAGAGCGAUGACGUCAUACCGAGCGACCAACAACAAGGAGACGCGGCCGCCUGGUAACAGCGCGGCACAACCUUUGGGGUCCAGGCGCCAGGACCAGGCACCUCGAGAUUGGCGCCGUACCGAACAAACAACACCACGCACUUCAUCGGGGCCGGAAUGUAGUGUUUGUGCCGGGGCAUUUGAAGAAGAUGUGUCCUAG